AUGGCAACCGAGAAAGACCUUGAAGCGACUGUCAGCAACGACCAGGUGGCCGAAAUCAGUGUUUCCGAUCCUAACAGGGGGCUCCAACGGUCGCUCAAAGAACGCCAUGUCCAGUUCAUUGCCUUGGGCGGCACCAUCGGUACUGGUCUUUUCUUGGGAAUUGGUAGUGCCUUGGCCACAUCCGGUCCAUUGUCGCUCUGGCUGGGUUACUGCUUCACCUCCGUGGCCAUCUGGGCCAUGAUGCAAUGCUUGGGGGAAAUGGCCUCCUUGCUCCCUCUACCAGGUAUGGUUGCCCAAUUGGGCUCUCGUUUCGUCGACCCUGCCUUCGGAUUUGCCAUUGGAUGGAAUCAGUGGUAUAACUGUGCCAUUGCCAUCAGCGCCGAAACUUCUGCGGCAGUGGUGCUUAUUCAAUUCUGGACGGAUAUCAACGUGAGUGUGUGGAAGCCUAGUAGUUUAGGGUCAGACAUGUAG